CCUGCAAAGCUAGUAAUGGCGACUUGAAAGCAGUGUGAUGUGUUCAGAAUUUAUGUUCCACUUUUAUUUGAUGAAAUUAUCCCAAUUUCGACUCAAAAUAGGGAGGAAACCCUUUCCAAAAGGCCAAACUGGCAGUUUUGAUGAGUAAUAGGAAAUACCCAAGACUAUCGGACGGGUACCAUGAUAGAAGUCCGUAUCACCCGUAUCAGAACAAGAAACAAGCAAAUUGCAUUGCGGACAGUCGAGACAGAGACAGAUCACCAAGCGGAUCCAACAGCAAGGACAACUCUCCCUACUUCUCUAACAGACACUCAAACCUCUCACCCCGGUCACAGAGAUCCAAAUUUUCUUAUAUUCGAUCAAAAGAURGUUCAAAGAAGGGGUCAAGUCAAUCACCAAAAGAUUCUCACCAUGACUCGAAUUCCCAUCUUACUGAACGCCGUACAAAGUUCAAUCAUAGUGGUGCUGGUGAGGAAUUUCCUUGGUCUCAACAUAUUAGCUCAUCAGGAAAGGUAUAUUACUACAAUUUCAAGACUGAAAAGUCCCAGUGGGAGAAACCAAAAGAAUGGAUUGAAAGGGAAAGGAAAGAGAAAGAAAGCAAAGACAGAAUUCGCAGCUCAGUUUCCAGUAAAGACGGAAGUUURCGCAAAGAUGAUUCAACAUAUGAGAAGUCAAGAACUUAUGCUUCCAAAUACUCAUCCAAGGACGCUGUCAACAAUAAGCGAGACAUCAAUAGAGUUCCUGUUGAUGACCGAGGAAGAGAAAAUCACCAAAUUGCUGAAUCUGACAGAGGACAGAUGGUCAUYAAGACGGUAUCAGCUUACACUAGUGCACAGUCUACUGCUUCUCAUAGGUCAACCCCUUUGGCUGCAGUCAAUUCAGAUGUGUCUCCAGCUGGAAGUCUUCAAGAUGUAUCUCCCCCUUCUACUCCUUCUUCAAGAGCAAGCAUAUUUGAUACUGGCUCACACACCUCAUCACCACAGUUAGUCUCGGUUUCACCCCACAGCACACCUUAUCAAAACUCCCAAUCUCCAUUAGGACUGUCAAGGCAUGGAGUAAUGCUCCAGGUAUCAUCUAGUUGCACUGUAAAUUCUCAACAAUAUAACAAACCACUUCAUAAUAUGGCCCAGCCUCUUCAUAAUUCAACACAAUAUGGACUUGUAAAUAAUGGUAGUAUGCUGACGGCCAGUCAAUUAAAGACUUCAUAUGAUGGUGAUACUAAUUCGCGUCCUGUACUGCACCCCUUACAACAAGCUACACUGCUGCAUCAAAAGAAACUUUCAGAGAGUCGCAACCAUGCAAUAAGCAAYUAUCAGCAGUCCUUCCAUGCAAUAACACAGACUGCAGUUCAGCCAGUAGCAGCUGCUCUUCUUAAAGAUAGAAUAAACCAAUCCCCCGGAUCUCCUAUAAUAAGCAGUCAAAAUACRAAAGAACAAUUCCAAUCUUUACCCCAUGUACAAACAUCAGCUCCAAAUUCAGCUCAGAUAUCDCCAUCAUCAGUCAGUCCUGUACCGCAGCAACCUACACCUGCCCUCAAUUUACAAGCACUUGCAAAACAUGUAGACAAAAGCCUUAUAAAUCAUGCAAUAAAUUGGCCAACAGAAGCCAUUGAAAAGCAGGUCCAGAGACUGAAUGAUGAAGGAUACUCUAGUUCUAGCGAUGCCAGUAAAGUCCAAAUCCAGCAACUUCAUCUGAACUCACAAUUAGAUUUGCUAGAUAUAACGCUUAAUGCUGGGUCAAAAAGGAUUUCAUCAAUGAAAGAAGUUACMAAGACCCUUGAGAAAUUAUUAGCCGAGUCUGAUAAGAAGUCACUUACCUAAGACAAUGUUUUCCUGUGUUAUCAUCAGUCUGUGAUCAUUAUUCCAUGAUUGACAGGAGGGAUGUUAUACCCACUAAGAUAGUCCUUGUUUUCCUGUUAAAUACAUAGAUGUGUUUUCAGCAUUCAAUGAGAAGCUCAUAUAUGUUAAUUCAUUUGAGUACAGUAUAAUUUACAAAGCCCUGUAGGAUUAUUUUGUGUUAAGUUGAUACCCAUGGUUGUAAUCAGCCUUUCAAGAUACAAGAAAGGGACUGUGUUCACCUACAAAAUUUUAAUAUUCAUCUAAUAAAUUAAGAGACUAUCAUGAUAUGAGUUUGUUAAAGAGUUCAUCAGAGAAGUAAGCUUUUCAAAGYCGACGAAAAAUGGGAAAACCUAAAUUGGAUAUUGCAUAUUUUCAUAAACAUCUUUUGUUCAAGUUGUUGCACUUGGGGCUAGUUGACAUUAUGGCUAAGCAGAAAUAGUGAAUUAAAGAAAAGACAUAGGAAUGAAGUCAAGGGUGCACUGACAUAAGCAAUUAACAUAAGACAAAAAGCAUAAGACAAAAAAUAAACAAAGAAAAACACUUUCCUUUGUCUUUUUCAUCCAUUUUAAUCCCUAAAUCAGUUGUAAGUUGUUUUUUGAGCUUAUGCUUAGUUUGUAGUGUGAACAAGCUCUUACUGUGCAAAAAAACCCAUGUAUUACAAAUGUUUGAUUGCAAUGCUUGAAAAACAACUGAAAUAAGGUACGCUACUAAAUAGCAUUUCUUUUUACUGCAACUAUUAGUGUAAGGCUAAUAUUUCUGUAAAUUAUUUACCAAAAUGCCUUAGACACGAUACRUUUGAUGGUCACUACCCUCUCAUUUCAAUAUUCAUUGUGUUUUGAAGGAAACWAGCUGUAUCCUCGCCAUCAAAUUCAAACUUUCGUUUGGUUUCUGAAACUGUUUAUCAGAAAAARGGAUGUUUACAAGCUCCAAAGAAAUUAUUUUCAAGUGGAGGUUAUAAUUUGAUGGUUGUCAUAAAAUUAUUUUAACAAUUUGGAGUAGUACCAUUUCUUUUAGUCCUGUUUUUAUAGAGUGCAUUYGCUGUAUCUGCAGUUCCUCUAUUGUAUAAUAUUGUACAUUCUGUUACAAAGUGUCUUGCAAAUAUAACGAAUGCACUCUACUAUAAAAGUCAUGUAUGACUCGUCAGAAGGUAUUCCAUUUCUGCAACAUUGUGGUUAUUGUAAGUUAAGUGCAUCUUGGCAUGCAAGUUGUAUAUUGUAAAGUGAGCGUUAUCAAAGUUUUUAGAAUGUAGAUUGUGAAAGUUACAGUGCCUGUUGUCACGGAGUGUGYACUCGUGUUCUUUGAGACAUGAUUGCACAAUCAUUUCCUGGAUGACUUUCUCUAUGAACAAAUGUCCAAUAAGAUUAAUAAGAAUAAUAAUGCCAUGUCAGAUGGAACAGGAAUUUGAAUUAAAAACUUUCCUUUUCUUUGUUUGGUCUA